AGCACCACCCAGCAGCCUCAACCCAACUCAACACCAUUCUCAGCUUCACUAACUACCCUUACCACCCCCCAGACCGUCAACAUGCGUGAGAUUGUUCACCUUCAGACCGGCCAAUGCGGUAACCAAAUUGGUGCCGCCUUCUGGCAGACCAUCUCGGGCGAGCAUGGCCUCGACAGCUCCGGUGUCUACAACGGCACCUCAGAUCUCCAGCUCGAGCGCAUGAACGUCUACUUCAAUGAGGCGUCCGGCAACAAGUUCGUCCCCCGUGCCGUCCUCGUCGAUCUCGAGCCAGGCACCAUGGACGCUGUCCGCGCUGGUCCUUUCGGACAGCUCUUCCGCCCCGACAACUUCGUUUUCGGACAGUCUGGUGCUGGUAACAACUGGGCGAAGGGUCAUUACACUGAGGGUGCCGAGUUGGUCGACCAGGUCCUCGAUGUCGUCCGCCGUGAGGCCGAGGGCUGCGACUGCCUCCAGGGUUUCCAGAUCACCCACUCCCUUGGUGGUGGUACUGGUGCCGGUAUGGGUACGCUUUUGAUCUCCAAGAUCCGCGAGGAGUUCCCCGACCGUAUGAUGGCCACCUUCUCCGUUGUGCCUUCCCCCAAGGUCUCAGACACCGUUGUUGAGCCCUACAACGCCACCCUCUCCGUUCAUCAGCUCGUCGAGAACUCUGACGAGACCUUCUGCAUUGACAACGAGGCUCUGUACGACAUUUGCAUGAAGACGCUGAAGCUCAACAACCCAUCCUACGGUGACCUGAACCACCUCGUCUCCGCCGUCAUGUCUGGUGUCACCACCUGCCUGCGUUUCCCUGGUCAGCUCAACUCCGAUCUCAGGAAAUUGGCUGUCAACAUGGUCCCCUUCCCUCGUCUCCAUUUCUUCAUGGUCGGAUUCGCUCCUCUGACCAGCCGUGGCGCCAACUCUUUCCGCGCCGUCAGCGUCCCCGAGCUCACCCAGCAGAUGUUCGACCCCAAGAACAUGAUGGCUGCGUCCGACUUCCGCAACGGUCGCUACCUGACCUGCUCCGCCUACUUCCGUGGCAAGGUCUCGAUGAAGGAGGUCGAGGACCAGAUGCGUAACGUUCAGAACAAGAACUCGUCUUACUUUGUUGAGUGGAUCCCCAACAACGUCCAGACCGCCCUCUGCUCGGUUCCUCCUCGUGGCCUCAAGAUGUCGUCCACCUUCGUCGGAAACUCUACCUCCAUCCAGGAGCUCUUCAAGCGUGUCGGUGAUCAGUUCACUGCCAUGUUCAGGCGCAAGGCUUUCUUGCAUUGGUACACUGGUGAGGGUAUGGACGAGAUGGAGUUCACUGAGGCUGAGUCCAACAUGAACGAUCUGGUCUCCGAGUACCAGCAGUACCAGGAGGCUUCCGUCUCCGAUGCUGAGGAGGAGUACGAUGAGGAGGCUCCUCUUGAGGCUGAGGAGUAGGUUGUUUACCCACGACAAUACGCAGGCUUAGUUGUUGGAAAUUGGCACGGCGGACAAUGUCAACAUUACAAUUCGUGCUUUGGAGAGACAUGAUUGUAUUUGAUGGGACGUACUGGAGGUAGAAGCGAUUUGUUGCGUCUGCUUCUGUGCGUUGUCAAUUGCAGCAUAGCCAUCUCGAAGCGUAGAGGAAGCGAAACUCUUGUUAGCGAUAAGUUCUAUAAUCCAUGAUUGUUCACCACAAUGCUUGCAUGCUGAUGGUUGUGAUGAAUAUCUGUGUUACUAAUACUUCCACCUGGCUAGCUAUCAUUCGUCUGUUGCACCAUGUUCCCUAAGUUGCUCGAGGUACCCAACUAGUCUCUUCUUGAUAAUGACGCCUACCAACCUUCCGGUUCCUUCUUCCGUCACACACAGAUACCUUAACCCCAGCUUCGAAAACAUUUCAACCGCGUACUCCAGCGGCGCUUUCGCACAUAGAC